UUGUAAAGUUUGAUUACAACUUGAGAAGGUGUUUUUACUUUUUUUCUAUUUUUUCUAAAUAAUUUAAUUUGUAUUCUUUAAUCUUUAUGCUUUUGAGUUUUGAGUCUUACAGCUCUUUUGAAAUAAUUUGAUCGACUUUCUCUGAGCAUUAUAAACAUAUUAACAUUUCUGAUAGAUCUAAUUUCAAAACAUGUUUUGUGGUUAAUAAGUUACUGGUGGCAUGGUGAGUCGAUGGAUUUGAUGUUCGCCAUUCAAGUUGACACUCUUAUUUGAUUUUCUCGGGUUGAAUUUUCAAUUUAUUUGAAUAACAGAGAUUCUAUCCUUGCUAGCGAAGUGUUGAUUGAAAAUGAGUAUAAAGUUGGUGAAUUACGGUUUUGACGAUGAUGAAGGAAGUAGUGACGAUAAUGCCGAACAUGAAGUUCUUCCUGAAACUGAUACCAAAGGAUCGCAAUCGGCGAAUACGACAGAGAUCUUACCCGAAGCUCCAACAACAGACUCGAGUGGAAUAAAGCCAUCGGAAAGUUUGGCCAUCAGUGUUUGUUCUGCUCCUGAUGUUGUUCCUAUAGGAAACCCAGAUACCGGUGUUCGUUAUUUAAAUAACACCACGAAAGAAAUUGCUUAUAAUUUAAGCUGUGAUGAAUUGUUUGCUCCUGAAGUCGGCCCUGAAAAUCCGUUUUUGAGUAAACAACAGAAAUCUAAAAGAAAUAUAUUGUCAGGUUUUGUCGAAAAAGCUCAUGUUAACGAAUUCCAGUUUGAAAAUCAAAGAAGAACUUUCAGUAGUUUUGGAUAUGCGAUUGAUCCUACCGUGUACGAGAAUUCGGCGGGGAGUGACAACAUUGUUAGUAGACUGGCCAUAGAGGACUUCGGUGAAGCAGCUGAAGUGAAAUAUGACGCCAAUAAUCAAAUUAAAACUGUGUUUGAAAAACUUAACAAACGUCCUUCUGAUAAAAGAAAGAGAAAUAAAAAUAUGGAUCCUUCUGAUAUUGAAGGUUUCACUGGCCCAUGGGCUGCAUUUGUAGAUGAAAAACGUGAUAUUCGGCCGUCACAGGAAGAACAAGCUGAAUUGGAAGAAUAUUUGGCUAAAAGGCAUAAAAUUCGUAAACACACCGACGACAAGUUGCUUGAAGAAAAAACUAUAUUGCACAUCAAAGAUGCUUUCGAUUACCAAGGAAGAAGUUUUCUUCAUCCUCCUCAAGAUGUUGGUGUGAAUUUGAGAUCGGAUACUGUUCCUUUAAAAUGUUUCUUACCGAAAGCUCAUAUACACACUUGGCAAGGUCACACAAAAGGAGUUUCGGCAAUUAAAUGGUUCCCGAAAUCAGCCCAUUUAUUAUUAUCGAGCAGUAUGGAUUGUAGAGUCAAGCUAUGGGAAGUGUAUAAUGAACGACGAUGUGUGCGGACUUAUUAUGGUCAUAAACAAGCUGUGAGAGACAUAUGUUUCAAUAAUGAUGGCACUCAAUUUUUGUCUGCAGCCUAUGAUAGAUAUAUUAAAUUAUGGGAUACGGAAACUGGCGCUUGUGUUUCACGUUUCACUAGUAGAAAGAUACCAUAUUGUGUAAAAUUCCAUCCAGACAACGAAAAGCAGCAUUUAUUCGUUGCCGGUACUUCAGACAAGAAAAUUAUUUGCUGGGAUACCAGAAGUGGCGAGAUUACUCAAGAAUACGAUCGACAUUUGGGAGCUGUCAAUACCAUUACAUUUGUUGAUGAAAAUAGACGUUUUGUGACUACCUCUGAUGAUAAAAGUUUGAGAGUUUGGGAAUGGGAUAUUCCUGUGGAUAUGAAAUACAUAGCAGAUCCCAGUAUGCAUUCGAUGCCAGCUGUUACCACGUCUCCAAAUCAAAAAUGGUUAGCUUGCCAAAGUAUGGAUAACAAGAUUGUAAUUUUUUCUGCAUUGAAUCGAUUCAAACUCAAUAGGAAGAAGACGUUCUCUGGCCAUAUGGUUGCUGGUUAUGCUUGUACUUUAGAUUUUUCUCCCGAUAUGAGCUAUAUAAUAUCUGGUGACGCUGAUGGCAAAUGUUACGUUUGGGAUUGGAAAACGACGAAACUGUUCAAAAAAUGGAAAGCUCACGAUAAAGUCUGCAUCUCUGUGUUAUGGCAUCCUCAUGAAACCAGUAAAGUUGCUACUGCUGGAUGGGAUGGGGUAAUCAAAUAUUGGGAUUAAAGACGGUACUGUUUAUGAGUUAUAUUUUUUUAUGAUCUUUUUUACAUGUAAAUAUGCAAAGUUUGUGAAAAUAUGAGUGUUUAAUUUUCGAAUAAAUUGUUAAUUUUGUUGUAUA